AUGCUGGAUUUAUCAAAUGUAUUAAAAUUAAAUUAAAAUUAGGUGAUGUUCUGUGGUUUCAUACAGAGAAAUUGGAAACAUUUAAUAUAUAUCUGGAAACCUAUAAUUAGAAUUUAAUACAGACACUCAUUAUUAAUGGAUUAUGAGUUUGGUUCUUCCAGGAUUAAUAGUUUUUGGUUGUUAAAAUCCUUUUUUAUUAUUUUUAUUAAUGGACUUGAAAAGAAAUGA